UCUGAACACGUCACGGUGUGCGUCGUGUAGGCUGUCGCAGCCCCUGCUCUUGCUACCUCCAUGUUGCCUUGUUGAGCAGCCUGUCACCUGUGUCCGGAGGGAGUCGUGCCAAGAGACAGCCGCCGCCCGCUCCGCUACAUGUGUCUCGCCGUGUGCUGGGAAGGCGGCUGCCGAGAGCCAGUGCGGGAGCUUUCCCUGUGAUGUCUCCCUCAGCAGCUGCCUCAGUCACCAUGAUCUCCUAGGAAGCUGCAACCCGGGCAGCCGCCUCCACGGACCAUCUCCCGCCCGAGCCUAGCUAUCCCCACACUGAGCUCUGGCAUGUCCGCCUGUGUCAGCGCCAUUAUUCCAUACAGCGGGGGCUCCGCUCUCCCUCUCAGCGGGUAAUAGGAACGUUCUGGUGCCGGUCUGUGCUCCCUCUCCACACUUCACAUCUGGUUCCCGGACAUUAUAGGUGCGAGGCAGUUCGCUUCUCUCCGCGAUCAUGGCUUGGGCUUUGAAGCUUCCCCUGGCAGACGAAGUGAUAGAAUCGGGCUUGGUGCAAGACUUCGAUGCCAGUCUGUCUGGCAUUGGGCAGGAGUUGGGUGCUGGCGCCUACAGUAUGAGCGAUGUUCUCGCCCUGCCUAUCUUCAAGCAAGAAGAGUCCAGUCUGCCUCCCGAAAAUGAAAAUAAGAUUCUACCUUUUCAGUAUGUGCUGUGUACAGCUACCUCCCCCGCUGUGAAGCUACAUGAAGAGACCCUCACCUAUCUUAAUCAAGGUCAGUCCUAUGAAAUCAGGAUGCUGGACAAUAGAAAACUAGGAGAACUACCGGAAUUAAAUGGCAAAUUAGUUAAGAGCAUCUUUCGGGUGGUGUUCCAUGACCGGCGACUGCAGUACACAGAGCAUCAGCAGCUGGAAGGCUGGAGGUGGAACAGGCCUGGGGACAGAAUACUUGACAUUGAUAUCCCAAUGUCUGUGGGUAUAAUUGACCCACGAGCAAAUCCAACACAGCUUAAUACUGUUGAAUUUCUUUGGGAUCCUUCAAAGAGGACAUCUGUAUUUAUACAAGUACACUGUAUUAGUACAGAAUUUACCAUGAGGAAGCAUGGGGGUGAGAAGGGUGUACCCUUCCGAAUCCAAAUAGAUACCUUCAAAGAGAAUGAUAAUGGAGAGUACACAGAGCACCUGCAUUCCGCCAGCUGUCAGAUUAAAGUCUUCAAGCCAAAAGGAGCAGAUCGAAAACAGAAAACCGACAGAGAAAAGAUGGAAAAGAGAACCCCUCAAGAGAAAGAAAAAUAUCAGCCAUCGUAUGAAACGACUAUCCUUACCGAGUGCUCUCCAUGGCCAGAGAUCUCUUAUGUGUCAAAUGCCCCCUCUCCUGGAUUUAAUAGUUCACACAGUAGUUUUACCAUUGGGGAAAGUAAUGGUUCUCCAAAUCAUCAGCCAGAGCCCCCGCCACCAAUCGUUGAUGUAACUGCAGGAUUGACGCCCAUACAGAACCUCUUGCCUACAUCAACCCCUCAGGAGGCACAACAAUGGCUACAUAGAAAUAGAUUUGCUGCUUUCUCGCGGCUAUUCUCAAAUUUCUCAGGUGCAGAUUUAUUAAAACUAACUAGAGACGAUGUAAUCCAGAUCUGUGGGCCUGCUGAUGGCAUUCGGCUCUUCAAUGCACUAAAAGGAAGAGUGGUGCGGCCUAGGCUUACGAUUUAUGUUUGUCAAGAGUCCCAACAACUGCGUGAACAUCAGCAACAAAAACAUGAAAAUGGGGAGCAAGGAAAUGGAGCUUUCUAUGUAUAUCACGCCAUCUACCUGGAGGAGCUCACAUCCCUGGAAUUGACUGAGAAGAUAGCCCAGCUGUUUAACAUUUCUCCUCAUCAGAUUAACCAGAUUUACAAACAGGGUCCCACAGGCAUCCAUGUUCUCAUCAGUGAUGAGAUGAUUCAGAACUUUCAGGACGAGUCGUGCUUUGUGUUGGAUACAAUGAAAGCCGAAACAAGUGACAGUUACCACAUUAUCUUAAAAUGAGGUUCCACUGUAGAUCCAUCUUGUUCUCUCGUCACUGAAGACACAGAUCCUGUCUCUCCGAGCUCUUCAAUAGGCUCCCAAGGCUUGAACGUAUUGGAGACAACUAAAUCUUGCUGUGUGUUGCCACAUCACCGGCAAACUAUGCUACCCUCAUUUUCUUCCAUUAGGGGACAGUUCUGCUGACCUUGCUUGUGCAGACUUGACUCACGUUUGUUCUGUGAAAUGUCCUAGAGCAGUGUUGAGAAGAAACCGUAACCAUUGUUGUCAUUGGCUUAUUAAUCAAUGAAUCAGAUUUUUUCUGCACAAGGACGAGCAGCUUGUUACGUUGAAAUGAAGUGAACUUUGAAGUACAUCCCAGGCAGAGUAGUACAUGACUUUGUCUUAUACGUUCACUGGUCUCUUCUUUUUUUUAUACUAUAGCAAAGAAACAUUUAAGCUGUUCUCCCUGGCUGCUGGAAGAAAUAAUUAUGAUAUUCUUGAAACAUAUUGGUGUAUGUUAUUGGUCACCCCAUCAAACUGUACUGUCUGAAAGAUGGUAAGGGGGUUAGUAUUUUUUUAUGUAGCAUGUGUCUUUUUGUAUGAUGCUUUUUGUAACACCAGCCAUCUUUCCUAGCUGUCCCUAUUCUCCUCAAGCCCUCAGAUUUUUACUUGCCUUUAUACAUUUUUCUUUCAUUUGCUUGCCACAGGAGUUACCAAACAUUUUUACUUGACUGCUGGACAGGUAAAGGUCCUGUUACUGAUUUUAAGACUUGUUUUCAGUGCUGUGUAUCAGUGAUCAUGCUGUUUUGUAUUGUAAACUUGAGGCUGGCUCUUUCUGUGUCUGUUCAGAUGUAAAAGACAGCCGUCCUAGAGUAGAGAACAAGGAAUGCCAAAAGGUUAAAGCCGGUCCACCCAAUAGGCCAGGCAGUUUGCAGAAUAAGACAGUAUGGUUCAAGCUCUUGAAUUAAAGGCCCCUGAGAUUACUAGUAUCAGUUUGCAGAUAUAAAACGUUUUACUUUUUAAGCGCACAGCACCCACUUGUCAAAUUGUGCCAGACUAGUCCUUUGUCUUCACUUUGUUACUAAUAAACUCAAGGCAAAUUCAAACCCCGCUGUCUUCAACUUACUGUGUUGUACCAUUGUAAGAUACACGUUCCUAUAAGCACCCCUUUGCAUGCUAUGGGACUUAAUUGAUGUCUGGACUUAGAUCUCGUGUAACAUGGCCUGCAUGAAUCAGCUGAACUAAUUUAAAGUCUCAUCAGUUGUUUAACUGUAUCUUAUUAUGGCUCCCCCAUCUAACUUGUGCAGUUUCUGA